GAAGAGACGAAACUGUCCGGUCCCCGAAGAAACAGCACAAAUCUGUUUUGGUGCCUAUUUCCUUUCACAGCAUGAAUGAGUCAACUUCAAGGAGGAUUGUCCUUUUGGGGAAAACUGGAUCAGGAAAAAGCAGCUUGGCUAAUACCAUCCUGGGAGAGGAAGUCUUCAAGAUAAACCACUUUCCCAACACUGAAUCAAGACAGACUUUUGCCCAAACCAAACGUGUCCAUGGAAGAAGCCUGACUCUUGUUGACACAUGCAGCGUUUUUGACACAAGCAUGUCCGAUACGACGCUAAGAGAAGAUUUGGUGAGGUGUAUCACAGAGUGCGCUCCUGGGCCUCAUGCUUUUCUCAUUGUGCUGAAAGUGGAAAAGUUCACAGAGCAGGAAGAAGCGGUCUUCAAAGAGAUAUGCCGACAUUUUUCUGAGGACGCUCUGAAAUUUACUGCUGUUGUGUUCACUCAUGGAGAUCAGCUCCUAGAGGAUAUGACUAUUCAGGAGUUUGUUUCGACAAAUACAGAGCUGAGAGCUCUGGUGGAGAAAUGUGGAGGCAGAUGCCAUGUAGUUGAUAAUAAAUAUUGGAAAGAAGGCAGAGAGUGUUACAGGAGUAAUCAGUUCCAGGUAGGGGAGCUGUUAAGAACCACUGACAAGAUAACUGAGGAAAACCAUGGGAAAUACUACUCUAAUGAGACACUAAAAGAGGCAGAAAGACAGAUGAUGGAGGAGGAAACCAAGCUGAAGCUGACAUCAACAAAUAUGUCACCAGAGGAAAUAACAAUCAGAUCUAAAAAUGAUACAUAUGGUAAACUACUAAACAAGUUUGUUGGCGUUGCAACAGGUGCAAUGUUAGGAGCCCUUCUUGGUGUGUUCUCUAUAGUUGAAAUAUCAAAUUUAAAAGCAAAAUCUAAGAAAGACUACGUGGCUGCUGCUUUGACUGCAGGUGUGCAGGGGGCUCAGAUGGGAUGGGAUGCAGCUGAAGAAGCAAAAAGUCCAACCGAGGCUUUUCAUAAAACCAAAGAUGCAGUCUACAACAAUGCUCCAAAUCCACAUUUGAAGUUUUAAGACAGAUGAGGUCAGAACUGCCGAAGAACACAAGCAUGUGGCGAACUUAGUGAUUUGCCAAUUCUUAAACUGUAAUAUAAUACAUAUUACUUAUGUUAUUUCUUAGUAAUUACUUAUCUCAUUAGUUCUCUAUACCCGUGUUGCGAACCGGUACAGGUCUCUGGGACAGUUGGUACGGGGCAGUGGUGAAAAUGAAUUUUAAUUGUAGUCCAAAUAUGAAAAAAAAAAUAAAUAAUAUAAAAAACAAGAAAAAAGUGAAAAAUGUCUUCCAUGUAGGUGACAGGUCAUCUGAUUAAACAAAAUUACCAAAUAUAUGGUUUAAUUUUGGUCAAAUUAAAACACAGUAAACACAAUUAGAGGAGCAACCCUCAGUUUGAGUCAGUUAAGUGCAAAAAAUUAAAACUAUAAGCUGUUUUUCAUGAAAAAAAGAGACAAAUACAGACAAAGAACUAGAUGCCCAUGUGUCACAAAAAAUGAAACUAAAGGAAACAAAUUACUUUCUAAUAAAAGUAGGUUCAAACCACCACAUGUUUUUAAUCUCUAUGACAAGCAGAAGUUUUAUUGAAUAAAUUAUACAAAUGUUAUAGAGACUUAAAGUACUUACAGCAUAAACUAUCAUCUUAUUUUGAUACUUAACAAUACUUUUGUAAUGCACAACUCCAGACUCUGCACAAUGAUGAUUUAUUAUUCUCCUGUAGUAAAUAAAUAAAAAUAGCCACAGAGUUUUCACAUAACCAAAAAAGUUACACUGUUUUUGAUAUAAAAAGUGGUUUUGCCUUUGGUAUUUUUGGAUGAUAAAAUAAUAGUCAUUUAAAU